AAACCGUUGUAUUAUCGAAAAGAAUUAUAAUUAAUAAAUAAAACCAUAAUAAAACUUAAAAAACAUAAAAACAAAAUCUAAAAUAAUACAAAUUAAUAUAUUAAGUUUUACCUUCCGAUUAAAACAUGCAUUCGUUAAAAAGUAAACUUCGACAGCAAUUAUCUCAAGAUCAGAAAAUUAGAAGAACAACUCGUUUUGAUUCAACUCGACAGAUAGAUUUAAUAAAUUUUGAUAAUAGUAUCGAAGUGAAAAAAAAUGAAAGCCCCGUGCGUGUUCAACAUGAAAAAGUUAGUAGACUCGAAAAACUCUACAAAUAUCGAUUAGAAAAAAAGAACAGAGAAAAAGAAAAAGUAUCACAACGUCCAAUAUUUAAAGUGACGCGUGCUCCAUCAUUUGCUAAAGUUAUCCCAUUACCAAAAACCAAGGUGCCGACUUAUAAUAAUGUUAAAAGUAAAACAGAUUCAAAUUUACAACUUAGAAAGAAACCUGAUAAUCAUCAGAAAACCCAGUUUCAGUUUAAAGUUGCAGAUAAUCACCAGUUUAAAGCUCCUGAAAUAACAUUAAGGAACACAACACUACCAUCAACGUCUAUCGUGACUAGAUCAAUGGCUAAGAAAGACAAAAGUAUUCAGGAAAAAGUUACUAAUUUGGAAUGUCUACAACAAGAAAUUAAAAUGAAAAAUAACAAAUUUUUUAAUUCAUUACCAAAAUCACAAGUAUUUGCAACAACAGUUCCUGAUUUUCUUGUACCGAAAGAUAUACCAACAAUUCAAUCUAAAUCACGUAAAGUACGCGAAAAAGAAGCCGCAAGAACUAAGGCUAAAGCUGGAACGUCUGCUAGUUGGAAAACAAAAAGUGAUUCGAGUAAAGGAGAAUAUUUUUCCGCUACAUCAUUGGAAAACACGACCUUUUUCUCUCCUCUUACAGCACCACAGCCAUUGCUUUCUAGUACCUUUAUACAGCCUGGAAAAACUGGAAUUGUUUUAGAGACAACAACAAUUGUUUCUGCGCCGGAAGAUAUAUCUACGAAUACAUCUAAAUCACGCGUACUCGAAAAAAGUGAUACAAACAGGGACGCUGAAACUGGACCGUCUAAAUCACCACAAACAUUACUUUCUAGUACCUUUUUAGAACCUAAAAAAUGUGGAAAUGAUGAUGCAGAGACUACAACGAUUCCAAUUUUUUCGGCACCGAAAGAUGUGUCUAUAAUACCUAAGGUACACGAAAAACACAUCGCACAAAAACGUAUUUCACAUAAAAGUCCUGAAAAAGAUACCACACUAAAAUCAGAAUCACCAAAGAUACCUGAAAAAGAUGGCCCAUACUUUGAAAGAUUAUUGGAUUCAGAAAUAGAUCGCUUGGAAAAACGUUGUAAAUGUUGGGAAAGCAUUAUUGUCGAAGAAUCACAAAAUAUAACAAAAGAAAUUUUGGAUGAAGUUGAUUCAUCAAUUGGUCAAACUAGAUUGUUGAUUAGAAAAAAAUUUGAACAAUUCCGAACUUUAACUCGUGGAUGGACACGUGAUAAAAAAAUUACAUCAGAUGAUUUACAAGGGUUUUGGGAUAUGAUAUACAUGCAAGUAAUAAACCUUGAUAAAAGAUUUGGCGAAUUAGAAAUUGCGAAAACAAAUAACUGGGAACAAAAAGAAAAUGCAGUUAAUGUACCAGUUAUAACUAUCAAACCGGUUAAAAAAAUUAAUAAGGUUAAAGCUGGACCGUCUGCUGGUUUGAAAGCAGCUAUUGCUGCUGCUCGUAAAAAGAAAUUGGAAAAUCAAGAAACAGAUAACAAUGGUGGCGUUACAGAAAAUGAAAAUAUUGAAAAUAUAGAAAAUAUGAGUACGAUUAAUUUGGAUACUAAACGCGUGCGUACAAGAAGACAAGCUUAUGCAAAUACAAAGACAGAAAAAGUCGAGGAAACUCAAAAUUCAUCCUGCAAUUCAGAUAGCUCUUCUGUUAAUAAGUCUUCGUCUUUUGGAAGAAACAAAAUCAGGAGAGGGACAGUUUACAAUUUAUUAUAUGGUAAAUCCGAUAAAUCCGAAAAUUCGGUUGAAGCGCCUACUAAUAUAACACAAGAUUUUUCAUCACAUAAAUUUAUGUCCAAUUUGGAGUUGAAAACGACACCCAAAAGAAAAAGCAUUCGGAGAUCUGUCCAAUCACCUGGUUUAUUUAUGAUGCGUGCUUCAUUUGGAGCAAAAAUUGCUGAAUUAAAUUCGUCGAUUGAAAAGUGCUCCAUAAAUUCUGAAAAUGGAAGUGGGAAUGAAUGAAUGAAUGGAAAUGAUAAAACUAAAAAUUGAGAAAAUAUUAAAAUGACAACAAAACAAAAGACACUUAAGAUCCAUUAAGAUUAAGGUGUGCGAUUUAGAUGAAUCUCUUUAUAAGAAUAGUUAAGGUGUUACAACCACUACUCUAAAAUUGGUAUACAAGAGAUCAAAAUGCAUGUAAAAACUUUGGCAGAUCCAUCAAAGAAUUGUUAGUCAUUAAUAAUUUUACUGUGAUCACGUGCUGGUGACACGUAUUUUAAUAUUUAACAUUAGUUUUAAAGUUUAUACAAAUAUUUUUUAAAUGUAAAUC